CUCCUUGUCCGCCCCGCCUCCGAGUUGCCUUCAGCAGCGCCUGAUUGCAGCUGUGUCCUCGCCGUCCUCGCCGCGUUAACCGGGACGGAGUGCUGGGAGCAAAGCCGUGCGAAGGUUGGAAGUUGCGGGUUUCCUUGUUCCGCGCCAUGUCUGGCUAUCACGCUCCGGACGGAGACUGUUGCUCCCCGCGACGCCGCGCGCAGGACAAAGAACAUCCAAGAUACCUGAUCCCAGAGCUUUGCAAACAGUUUUACCAUUUGGGCUGGGUCACUGGGACUGGAGGAGGAAUUAGCCUGAAGCAUGGCAAUGAAAUCUACAUUGCUCCUUCAGGAGUGCAAAAGGAGCGGAUUCAGCCUGAAGACAUGUUUGUUUGUGACAUCCAUGAACAGGACAUAAGUGGACCUCCGCCAUUUAAGAAUCUAAAAAAAAGCCAGUGUACUCCUCUUUUUAUGAAUGCCUAUACAAUGAGAGGAGCAGGCGCAGUGAUUCAUACCCACUCUAAAGCUGCUGUCAUGGCCACCCUUCUCUUUCCAGGACGGGAGUUCAAAAUUACACAUCAAGAGAUGAUAAAAGGAAUAAGGAAAUGUACCUCGGGAGGGUACUACAGGUAUGACGAUAUGUUAGUGGUACCCAUUAUUGAGAAUACACCUGAGGAGAAAGACCUCAAAGAACGAAUGGCCAGUGCCAUGAAUGAAUAUCCAGACUCCUGUGCAGUACUAGUCAGACGUCAUGGAGUAUAUGUCUGGGGGAAAACGUGGGAGAACGCUAAAACCAUGUGUGAGUGUUAUGACUAUUUGUUCGAUAUUGCUGCAUCAAUGAAGAGAGUAGGACUGGAUCCUACACAGUUUCCAGUGGAAGAAAAUGGGAUUGUAUAAGCCAAAAGGAAGUUUAAUUAUGUACAGAGACACACCUCAAUUAUUACCUAAGUGAAACUUUGAAUUUUUUUUAAUGAGUUGAAAAUUUCCACAAUGCUAUUAAUUUGUCGCUAAAUACUGCAGAUGAUCACCCUGAAUCUCUUCUGACAUUGGAUGAUACUUGCUUGUAUUCUUGUAAUUUUAAGUGAUAAUGCACUUAAAUAAAAAUUUUAUAAUGAA